AUGUCCACCGCCAACGAAGAAUUCCAAGGUGUUUCAAAUUGUUAUGUGUUCAAGAGCCGGUUGCAGGAGUAUGCUCAAAAAGCGGGACUCCCCACACCUGUGUAUGAAACUACCAAGGAUGGGCCUUCCCAUGAACCUUGUUUCAGGUCAACAGUGGUUGUGAAUGAUGUUCGGUAUGAUUCUUUGCCUGGAUUUUUUAACCGUAAAGCAGCAGAGCAGUCGGCUGCAGAGGUUGCUUUGAUGGAGUUGGCUAAAUCUGGUGAAGUUAAUCAGUCCAUCACUCAACCUGUUCAUGAAACUGGAUUAUGCAAGAAUCUACUUCAGGAGUAUGCUCAGAAAAUGAACUAUGCAAUGCCAAUGUAUCAAUGCAAAAAAGAUGAUACACCACCAGGUAGAGCACCGUUAUUUUCAUGUACGGUUGACAUUGGAGGGAUUCUCUAUAUUGGGGGAACAACAAGAACAAAGAAGGAAGCUGAGAUAAAAGCUGCAAGAACUGCUUUAUUAGCUAUCCAGACAAAUGCAUCUCAGGCUUCUGAAAACCAGUUUGGCCAUUUGACUGUCAUUCCAUCCAGAAAAAGGGCAGCAGAUUCUGUUGCAGAUGAGGCUUCGAAAGCUCCAAAGCCUAAGAAAGCACGCUUUAAAAGGAAAUUUCCCAAGAGGAAACCUUCUAGAAACAAGAAGCCUAAUGUUCAGACUGACAAUGCUGGCGAUGGAGCAAAUAUCAAUCACGGGAUAGAAUCACUUGCAAAUGCUAAUGAUGAGUCAAUGUUCCCUUCAGAAGCUGUGAAGAAUUAUGAGAAUGGAGUCCCUUCAGAAGCUCUGAAGAAUUAUGAGAAUGGAGUCCCUUCAGAAGGUGUGAAGAAUUCUGAGAAUGGAGUAUCAUCUAACCAUCAUGAGAAAGAGGCGUUAGCUGGAGAUGGGUCUUUUGCUUUGAAUAAUCAAGAUGGGUCUUUUGCUUUGAAUAAUCAAGAGGUUUUGGAUAAUGGGAAAUCAACAGAAUUUCAUUCCAAAGAGGUCAAGCUUGGGAAUGUUACAGAAGUGUCGUUUGCGCCAAACGGAGACUUACCAGCAAAUGGAGACUUACCGGCAAAGAGCGAUGGAAUGUUUGCGGUAACUGGAGACAUGAGCAAUGGGACGUUUGCACCAACCAGAGACAUAUCGGCAAAAAGCGAUGGGACGUUGGCGCCAACCGGAGACAUACCGGCUGGGAUGUUUGCGCCAAAUCGAGACGACAUUCUGGCAAAGAGCGAAGAGAUGAACAAACAACAUUUUAAUGGAGAUACGGUCUCUGGCAAUUGA